AAGUAAAGAAAAUAAACCAUUAACAAAAUUAAAUGGAAAUUCAAUAAAGCUAUUUAAUUCGAAACUAGAUAACAAAUUGUUACUUAAAAUAAAAGGAGUGCAAAAUUUUCGCUGUUAUACAGAAAGGCAGACCCCCUAACAUAUACACACAAACACAUAUAUAUAUAUAUAUAUAUAUAUAAUAGGGAUAUUUAUUAUUAAAGUCCAAAGGAAGCUACGCGAAUGUGCGCUUUUGGUUACUUAUUGUUUUUUGCCCUAUUGUUGACAACAAUCCUGGUGCUGUCCAUCAUAUUCGCCACCACCACAAAGCGCUCCAUGCUGGAUAGCUUAAUACUAGUAUUCAAUUACACACAAGAACAGCAGCAGGAUCAAGAAAUGCAGCAGGAACAUCAAACGGACUAUCAUCAGCAAUCACAAAUGUUCUUGAAACAGAAAAUAUUUUGAUUUUUUCUCAAGUUAUUUUUAUAUCUAAAACCUCGAUAAUAAAAAAGAAAGAAAGAAAUACAAAAAAAAAACGAAACAAAAAUUGGUAAUUGCUUCAAAAUAUAUUUGCAAAAUUUCAUCAAUUCGCUCGAUCAAACAUUUCAAAAUUCUCGAAAAACAUAGCCCAUUUCGUUUUUACAUAAUUUUGAUUUUGUUCUCUAACCUCCCGCCCGCUCCCCUUUGCCCACCAAAAGUCAUGUCCAAGAAACAGUGGCCUCCACGAACAGUGUGAACAGUGUCGAGUGUAGAGAUUUCCUGGCUCGCGACGGUGUCCAUGGCAAAGGCAACAUGGAAAUUUAUUAAUAAAGGUCAAGACGACCCAAGCGAAGGAUAUAUCCUGCGCGAGUGUGUGUAUGUUUGUGUGUGCGCGUGUGGCUGGAGGUCCUACAUAUGGCAUUAAGUGCCCGCCGUGUUGCCCUGCAGGAAGCCAUAAAAAACCCACAAUAUGACGCAGAGGACAAUAAAAGCGAAGGACCUCAAGUACUUGGCUCGAGUCUCAAGUGCAAAUGAGGGUUGACUGGGUGACGAAACGAAAACUUAAAAGCCGAGCCAGGUGUCAGGAUAUCGCAAACAGGACCAACUGGGGAGGAAUUUCUGAAAUAUAACUUAUUUCCGUAUCAUUUAAUAUCCUAAUUCGACUUGCGUCAGUCUGCAUAUCAUAAAAAAUACAAAAUAUAAAACC